UUAUUAUAUCGUAAAUAUCAUUACUUUAAGCUUUAAUUGAAUCAGAAAUAAAUAGUUUUUAAUGACCAAAUUUCCUAAAUUAAAUGAGUUGUUCAAGUUAUGUUUACUAAAAUGAUAAGUCUUAUCAGUUUGACAUUACGUUUGAAUAUGAUAGUUGAAGUGUUAUCUAAUGCUCUAACCUAUGAUCUGUGAUUAAAUAGUAUAAGUGUGUGAUAAAAUGGCUUACGACUUACAAAAAGAAGAAGAGGUCAAGGAAUUUGUGGAAAAUCUCGGUAUAGAAUACAGAUUUGGUUGUUACAAAGAAAAAAAGCCCGAAGUAUGCCAUCUUUUAGGUGAUUACCUCGAAGCGAUUAAAAAAGACUUCAGCAAAGCGGGAAAAGUAUUUAAAAACAAUUGUUUAGAAUAUAAAUACGGUAAAUCAUGCUUAAAGAUCGGAAAUUACAAUUUGAUUGGAAAGGGUCUAGAUAAAAGUGAUACUCAAGAAGCACUGAAAUAUUUCGAGAAAGGUUGUGAAUUGAAUGAGCCAACUGCAUGCCUUCAUGCUGGUUUAUUGCUCACAGGAAGUGGACCUGAUAGUAAAAUUGACAGAAAUGUUCCAAAAGGUUAUGAUUAUUUGACAAAGAGCUGUGAAGGCAAAGACGCAAAUGCAUGCCACUAUUUAGCUGGAAUGUACCUGAGUGGCGUCCCAAAGAAUCCAAAAGAGUUCAACCCACACAAACCAGAGAAGAAUAAAAAUAUUGAGUAUCUUAUCAAACAAGAUUACAUGAAAGCAUUUGAAUUUGCCAAAAGUGGUUGCGAGUUGGGUAAUAUGUAUGCCUGUGCUAAUGUCAGUAUUAUGUACAAGAAAGGCGAUGGAGUUGAGAAAAAUUUAGAAUUAUCGAAGAAGUAUUUUGAAAUUGCACAAAAUCUCCAUAAAGCUCAUGAACUAACUAAAGAACUUAAAUUCCAACAGGGCCUAGAUGAAGACAAAAAAUGAAUGAAUAGUAUAUUACGUAAAAAUUUGCAUUUGUUUUGCAUUCUUAGAUAUUAUAAUAAAUUAUUAUAGCUGUA